UAUCACAGGAAGUACAGUCAUAUUCCAGGGCACCAAGAGAUAGUUUUUUCCUUGGUCAUAUUCCUACUUUCAAGAAAUAUUUAAAUGAAGGAAAGUUCUUCAGUGAAAUGGCUAUUGAAUUCAUCAGAAAAUAUGGUCAUGUGAUUAAGAUAGAAUUAGUGGAAAGAAUUAUAGUCAUAACUGCUGAUCCACAAGCAAUCAGGGAGUUAAUGAUUACAGGGAACCAUACUAAGUCAAAGAAGGCUUAUGAAAAAUUAGGGUUUUUAUUUGGUGAAAGAUUUAUAGGUAAAGGACUAGUAGUAGAAACAGAUCAAAAAGUAUGGGUUUGGAGGAGAGCAUUGAUGAAUCCUUGUUUUCAGAAAAGUUAUAUAAAAGGGCUAGAAUCUGCUUUUAAUACAGAAAUAGAUCUUCUUAUAACUAAACUUGCUGGAUUAGCAGACGGCAACACUCAAGUUUCCAUGUUGGAAGAGUUUAAUCAUCUUACUUUGGAUGUGAUAGGGAAGAUUGGCUUUGGCAUGCAGAUGAACAAUGUUGAAAACAGAACAGAGCCAUCAGAAUAUACAAAAGCUAUUAAAUUAGCAUUAGGUGGAGUGUCUGCAUUUGUACGAGAUCCAUUCAUGAAGUUCAAAUAUUCAAAAUGGAAAUAUUUAGCAGAUGUGAAGAAGGCAAUGAGAACAUUGAGAGUUUUAUCUAAGCAGAGUUUUGAUGAAAGAAAGGAAAAAAUAGAAAGGGGCGACUACACUCCAGAUGACAUAUUAAAUUUCCUUGUUAAAAUGAAAUUAGAGAAUCCAGAGUUAGAUGAUGAAGUUAUAGUGGAUGAUAUAAUUGUAUUUUUUGUGGCAGGGCAGGAAACAACAGCUUGCUUAUUGAGUUUUACCAUGAUCUGUUUAUGGCAGAAUAAAGAUGUACUUGAAAGACUACGGACAGAGGUAUUUGAUAUUGUCGGUAUGAAAUCUUAUCUCAGCAUUGAAGAUGUCAAUAAAAUGAAGUAUUUGGAAAUGGUAAUAAAGGAAAGUCUGCGGCUUUAUCCUCCUGGACCAAAUACAUUCAGAGAGCCAAAACAUGACAUAGAAAUCCUAGGAUACAAAAUACCUGCUGGAACACCAGUAGCUAUGAGUACUUAUGUUAGUUCAAGGCUGGAAGAAUUCUUUCCUGAUCCAUUGAAGUUUUUCCCUGAAAGAUUCAGUCCAAAUGCUGAAAACAAAAUUACAUCAUACACCUACUAUCCAUUUACACUUGGCCCAAGAACUUGUAUUGGAAAAUCAUUUGCUGAAAUUGAGGCAAAAAUAAUACUUGCCAAAAUAAUACAGAGAUUCAAUUUUGAGAUGGACCCAGACCAGUCGUUUGAUAUAGAAGAGAGUACAACAUUAAAACCUGAAGGUGGAGCUGUUUGUACAUUGACUUUAUGUGACAGUUUUGAAGGCUAAAUUUUCGUGUCAUUGAAGUACAAAAAUAUGCUGGUAACAGUCAUUGUGGAAUAUUUCAUGUGUUCUUCCAUUGUGAAAUCAGGUUUGAAAAAUAUCCAACAUAAUUCAGUUUAUCAGGGUAACUUCAGAAGGGCAAUUCUAAUUAUGGAAUAUCCUUGGCAUCAGCAUUUACUUUUAGGAAGAAUUGUUCUUCUGUCCAAAAACAAACAAAUGAAAAAUUAUUGACAUAGACAUCAAAAUAAACAACAAAUUAAAUAGGUCAUAUACAAGUUAUAAUUUUAUACAAAUUAUAUUUUGUACAGACUUUUUGUACAAGUUAUAAGUAUUUAGAUACACACCUUCUUUCACCAGGUGAUGCAGAUUUAUCUUCAAUAAUUAUCCAGCUUGAUGUUCUAUUCACAAAAUUAUAAACUUCAACUUAACACUAUGCACCUUCCUUCUUGGCAUAAAUCUGCAAAUGAAGACACCACAUUGGGUUGGAUUCUAUAUAUUUAGUUCUAUUAUUAUACCCCCGCUUUAAAAAAGUGGGGGUAUACUGUUUUACCUCUGUCUGUCCGUCCUUCCAUCAGUCCGUCCGUCCGUCCCAUGAAUAUUUUUCUUCGCAUUUUUCACAGGAACUACAUCAUAAGGAUUUCUGAAAUUUGGUUUCAGGGUUUAUAUCAGUCAGCUAUACGGUGUGAUGCUUUUUCAGAUUCACUCAACAACUUCCUGUUUACCAAACACUUACAUCAUUUUACACAUGACAUCCAAGUAGUUGAAAAUUUUCGUCACAUUUAUCUGUGGAACUACAUUACAAGGAUUUCUGAAAUUUGGUUUCAGGGUUUAUAUGAGUCAGCUAUACCGUGUGAUGCGUUUUCAGAUUCAUCACUCAACAACUUCCUGUUUACCGAAAUAUUUGGGCGGGGAUAUUAUCAGUGAGCAGUAGCUCGCAGUUUCACUUGUUAUACCAGAUUCUCAGUCCCCAAUAUAUCUUUGAGUGUCCUCACAUUAACUUAGUAUAAAUGUUUUGUAUAAGGCUGUACUUUGCAUGUAACUAUGUAUAUUUGACAGUAACAAGCUGAAUCAAAGACAGUGGUCUUGUUUUGUCCAAUUAUGAUAAGUCAGUUUUGCAAAAUUCUGGUUACUAGAUCAACAAUUCUGUACAAAUAAUAAUUUGAAAAAAAUACAAUACAUGGAUGUUCACAACAUAUAAAUAUUUUUUUCAAACUUUAACACUUACUUUAAAAUUAAUGUAGUUAAAUAAUAUUAGAACUUUUACACCACUAUCAGAUGACACCUGGUGAAAAUGUAUUCCAGAUGCAGCAAGCUGUUUUGAAAUAAUGAAAAAGACUUGUUAGUUUUGAUUGAAUAGCUAAUUAAAAUGGCUUACUAAAUUGUUAUUGAGGUAUUAGUUAUGUUGAAAUUGAUGAACCUAGUAACUAAAUCACAUUGUGUUUUUUAUUGGUUGUUAGUAAAAUUAUACUACCGCAGGCGCAGGUAUAUAUGAGGGGCCUGAUGGGGGGGUCUCAUCACGAUUCACGAGUUGAUUUUUUUGUCAAUCACGAUUCACAGAAAAUAAAUUUCCAUGAUCACGGAUCACGAAAAUAUAAAAAAAAAUAAAUCUAGAAAAACGGAUCACAAUAGCGAAAAUGCGCCGAUCACGAAGAACGAAAAUAACCCAUCAGGCCCCUCAUAUAUGUCACUCAGUUAUAUAUGCAUCAUUUGAAUGAAGUGCUUUAACAGUUUUUUUAACUCAAAGAUAAUCAUUGGUGUUAUUUUAUUUACUUUUGACUAUAUAUCAUAUUAUAAUAUAGUUUAUUAUUAUAUUUUUAUAUUAUUACUGUAUCUUAUACAAGAUUUAUCUGUUAACCUCAUGUUGUUGUAUGUGAUAUGUACAUUACAUUAUGUGCCAUUAAAGUUGAUAUGUGCUGUGUUAAAUAAUGACUGGAAAAUCAGUGCUAAUUUUGUUUGAUUCUUAAUUUAUUUUUAUAUUAAUUAAGUUGUCUGCAGAUUUGUUAAUAUUUUCUCUUUAAAAUUGUUCUAACAGUAGGAUUUGUGGUUUUGAAAUUUAUUACAGUAUAUAAUAGAAAAAUAUUUUAUGUUGAUCUUACUCUUUUGCAAUUAAUGUUAUUAAAUUGAGAAGUUUCCAUUACAUUUCGUUGUUUCUGAUUUAAAAAAAAAAGAAAUUCUGAACUCUCUUGAUUGUGCGUUCAAAGUGAUGGCAUGAUUACUACAUCUGUGGAACAUUCAAUUACCACAGUACACAUACAACUGAAGGGUAAGCAGGAUGUUCUUGCUAUGUGUUACAAGUUUGCUGUAUUGAAAUUUACGCAGAAGUCCAUCAUUUACCAUUUUUGUGUAUUAUUGUAAUAGUCCUCGGCACUUACUUCUUUUACUAGAGUUGUAUUAUGCUAUUUUAUAAAGAGGUGACUCUUAUUAAUCCAUUGUUUUAUAUUAAUCAGGUUGAUAUUUAGAAAUGUUUUAUUCUUUUAUAUGUUAACCCAGAGUGAUUUAUAUAUACAUUGUAAUGUCAUUUUAAACAUGUAAAAAGUAUAUCAAUGCAACUUAUAUUUUAUGUGUAUCAAUGCAACUUAUAUUUUAUGUGUAUCAAUGCAACUUAUGUUUUAUCUGUAUUAAUGCAACUUAUAUCUUAUCUGUAUCAAUGGAAUUAAUAUUUGAUAAUUUUUUAACACCUUUUGUCAGUUUUCAGGAUUAUUCUUAUACUUAUAUUAUAUAUCUGUUAUUUUGAUAGAUAGAUAUUUUUACAUUGCAUGCAAACAUUUUGUAACAGACUGUUAGACACACAAUAUUUGUUGUCUUCGUAAGCAUUUAAAGGUAUAUCAGAGGGUGCAAUUCAAAAUGUUUGUGCUCAAUGCAUCAUUUUUUGGUGACUUUUAAUAAAGAAAGUAUGUUUUACAAAUAUUUGGCCAACCCUGCCAAUGGAAUUGAUUGAAUCAGAUCUUAAUUUGUGAUGAGACCUAUAGAAACUGAGAUGGGUACUGUGAAUUUAUCGUAAUUAAUUGCAGGAGAAAAAAUAUAUAAUUGAUAGGCAAACCAAAAAUACUAACUAUAUAUCUAUACCAUGAACUAAAAUGAAACAGAAACCUUGCCAGAAAUCAUGAAAAAUUGUAUCACCAUACAUGAACAAAUCUACAGUUUUCAUUGGUAUAACUAACAUAAAUAAAUAUAUCUACAGUGUUUCAUCCAUAGUUCUAACAUAAACAAAUAAAUAAACAGAAGUGCAAUGGUAACUUUAAUAAAACAAAUAAAUCUUCCAUUGUUCAUUGAAUAAUCUAACAUAAACAAAUAAGUCUACAGAAAUUCAUAAUCUUUGGCUUUCAACAAUUUGUAUUGAUCUUCCUGAUGAAAGUAAAUCCAGAAAAGUGCAAAUUUAUAAAGUUUCAUUGUUAUUAAAUAAAAGUUAUAUUUCCAGUGGUUCUGUUGGAUCACUUUAAUAAAGAGCAUUUGUGAGAAGCAGAUAUUCAUGUAAUACUUUUAAGUAUUAGGUUUAUAUAAUUGUCUCUACUUACAACAUACUUCAAACCAACCUACAGCGAUUUACAAUUUUAUUGCUUGCUUAUUCACCACUUCUCUUCAUUGCAGGAUAGAUUGCCAUGAGGGAACUAUAAUUUAAUAGUUGAGUUAAGGCUUUUAGAAAUUACUCCCCAGAAAGGCAACACUGUUGACUUAAAUUACAAAAAAACAUGAAAUCCAAGUGUCAAUGGAAUUUACACAUUUCUGCAAUAAACAUUUCUAUAAAUUAACAUUAUUAAGAAAAUCAAAAGCAACCUUUAAUUCCUUACUAUAUCAUAAAUAUAAUUUGUUUGUUUCUAACAACAUCAUUCAAAUAUUCUAUAGAAGUAGAGAUAGCUAAUAAAAAGAAAAUUAAUUCUUGGAAUCUUUUAUUAAUUUCUUAUAAAAAAAAUCACAAAAUCAGUAAUUAUUUAAGAAUAUGCUAUGAAUUUCAUUGUUUCAUUAAGUACUGUAAUUUGUUAACUUUUAAUGUUGUUUUAUUUUAAGACUUUUAAUUUUUAAUUCUGAUAAAAAAUGCCAUGAUAUUCUCAGGAAGAUUAUCAGUUCUACUUAAAAUAAUCCGUUUUCAUCAAGAAGAUUGGGGAAUAUUGUUAAGGUUAGUUUGUUCAUGUAUAUUAAAGGAUAUGUUGCCAUUAGAAUGCACAUAGUUGCUAAUUUUGAUCCAGGACAAAGUUUACAAAAUGACUACGCAAUUAUUAGUAGAUAUAUAUUAGAUUAUGAGUCUCUUUAAAAGUCAACUUUACACUUGAGUUAAAAACAUAAAGUGAGUUGGGGAAUCUGCAGCAAGUUCUAUUGCUUCAGUUGCCAUUACUUUUUUCUUAAUUUGUUGAAAGUUUGAAAUCCAGGUUUCUUUUAUAUGUGAAGUUUUUGUACAUUUAUAUUUUAGAUAUUAUAGUUAUACAUGUAAUAUUACAGCAAAAAGUUGUUUUAUGAUGUUAAAAUUUAAGAGUUAUAUAUUUUUCUUAGUGUAUACAAAUGCAAUUGAACUAAUGAAACAGGAAGUUAAACUUUUUAAGAACCCUGUAAUCUUCAAUUUUCACUUUUACUGUUGAGUAAUUUUGCAGCUAUUUUUUACUUUUAAAACAAAAUUAGAAUAGUUGUUGCCUCAGAUGGACAAAUUCAAAUGUUGGAAACUUGCAAUAAAAAGCCAUCAACAAUUGUGAAACCUAUAUUAAUACAUAAUAUAUUAUAAACAUGUAACAUUUAAAAAAUGAUGAUUAUUUUUAUAGUUACAUAUAUCCGUUUCUACUCAUUAAAAAAAUAUUCUUAUAA